AUGAUGGAGUUGUUGGGCGUUCUCGACAGUUGGGGCAGUGGAAGGCUUAAACAAGAUCGUGUCAGGAGAGUUAAAAAUAAUGGUUGCGGUGGAGGUAAAGUCGAGACUGCCUAUGAGUUCAUAGUUAACAAUGGUGGUCUUAGACCUCUUGGUACCGACAACGAUUAUCCUUACAAGGCUGUUAAUGGAGUUUGCGACGGUCGCCUCAAGGUCGGUACAGUUUCAAUCGGAACUUUCGAUGGAACGUGCGGAACAAACCUAAACCAUGGAAUUGUUGUGGUUGGAUAUGGAACCGAGAACGGUCCUGACUAUUGGAUAGUGAAAAAUUCAUGGGGCAACACAUGGGGAGAGGCUGGCUACAUGAAGAUGGCUCGCAACAUUAUCAAUCCAAGAGGCUUAUGUGGUAUCGCGAUGCCAGCUUCGUACCCUCUAAAGAACUCGUAUUCUACCGAUAUAAGCUUCAUGGCCUAAUAAUGUAAACUAAAUGUAUGGUACGCAAUGGAUCGAGUGAGCCAACAACCUAUUCGACUUUGAAGGAAAAAUAAUGU